AUGAGCUCCUUCUUAUUCCAUUAUUUCCUUCUUUCUCUUGCUUUCUUCUUCACUCCCAAGCUCUUCCUUCAAAAUAAGAAGCUCAAAAACAUCCCACCUGGUCCACCUUCUGUUCCCUUUAUCGCCAACCUCCACCAACUGAAAAAGCCACUUCAUCGUGCCCCUCACCGGAUUUCUCAACGUUAUGGCCAAAUCAUUUCUCUUUGGUUUGGCUCUCGUCUUUUCGUCGUUGUCUCGUCGCCGUCCGCAGUCCAAGAAUGCUUCAACAAAAACGACAUCGUCCUGGCAAAUCGGCCCCGCUUUCUUACCGGACAGUAUGUUUCUUACAACUGCACCAUCAUAGACUUCGCUCCAUAUGGCGACCACUGGCGCAACCUCCGUCGCAUUACGGUAGUCGAGAUGCUCUCGAGCCACCGUCUAAACGCAUUCUUGGAAAUGCGAAGAGACGAGGUGAAGCGCCUGGUGCAAAAGCUUGCUCGAGACUCACAUAAAGAGUUCACCAAAGUGGAGAUGAAAUCAAGAUUCUCCGAGAUAAGCUUCAACGCUCUCAUGAAAAUGAUUUUGGGGAAAAGGUAUUGGACAGACGACAAUGAGGCUGGGGAUGUGGAAGAGGGAAGAAAAUUUCGAGGGAUUAUGCAUGAGUUUGUGCCAAUAGCAGGGGCAAAUAACGCUGCAGACUACUUGCCCAUAUUGAGGUGGUUUGAUUAUGAUCACUUGGAAAGCAGGCUCAAGAGUAUGGCCAAGGGAAUAGACGGGUCCCUGCAAGGGCUCAUUGAUGAGCAUCGAAAUCAAAGCACAAAGCAAACUCUAUGA